AUGUCUUCGGUACUGAUCGUUGGCGGUGUUAGCCUGGUUGCAGUCGGUGUCGCUGGUCGCCUCUUGCUCCGCAAUCGAGCGGCGUUCAUGAAGAUGGCCAAGACACUGCCGAUCGCAAGUGGCAUGUCGAAGUACUAUCGUGGUGCGGCCCUUAUCCUCGGCGUAUCGCCCAGUGCACCGGCAUCGAAAGUGAAGGAAGCGCACAAGCGUAUCAUGAUCGCAAAUCAUCCGGAUCGUGGCGGAUCGCCCUAUCUGGCAGCCAAAAUCAAUGAAGCAAACGAUAAGCUCGAGUCGACAAGACAUGAUUAG